AUGGGCUGCUACGGGCAGGACAUUUUCCAACCUGUCGCGCUCGGGGAACCUCCGAACAGCAUCGGCUUGCGUGACGGCCACCCAGUUCCGCGUUUGGGAAUCUCAGAUCCGGGCGGGCCACUGGAGACCAACAAAUUCUACCAAAACUUCGUUUUGGGGUCACAGGGUUCUCCCAGCUUUGUGAUGCCGUAUACAUUGACAUGGGCCAAGGGCAGCGGCAAUGCUCUGAGCUGGGGAAUGGCUAUCUCUCAUCUUGAUGAGUCGCAGAAAGUCUUUGGGCCCAGCAACGCUGACAUACCAAAUGCACCUGCAGGGUACUAUAUCAACGCCCUCGGCAUCCAGUCACUUAUCCUGUCAGCAGCAGAAUUUGGCCAAAAUACUGCCCUGACCACUGACUCCUUGUUGCCGUUUUCCGUCAAUGUACAUCUUCAGCCCUCAUUUGGUUCAGGUUCGGUACUCACUAUGCCCGUGGUGCAAGGAAUGUCCUUUGUGACUGGACAGUACGUCAAUCUUCAACCGGCCAUACAAAGCAGUGUCUUCUUCAGAAGCAUUGCCGCUGCUGGACAGCCGGCGCCGGGCAUUUACAAGUACAGAGUUACUUUGGAAGACGGAAAGAUCUGGCUGAUCUAUGCCAUACCAGUCAAUGGGUUGACGCCAAACUUCCAGCUUGUAUCCAGUACUCUGCUUCGGGGAUUGCCAAACUGGUACGGUGAUAUCCAAAUUGCGAAGCUUCCGGAUGACUCCUCGGAGUCAAUAUAUGACAACGCUGCCGGCGCUUAUCCAACAGCUGGCCACAUUGCUGGUUCUGCUCACAAUACGACGGCUCAGUACAGCUUGUCUUGGUCCAAAGGAGGGGCUUAUUCGGCCAACACCACGCUUCUCAUGUUUGCUUUACCUCACCACUGUGACUCUUUUGAAUCGAGUACAAGAAGCAACAUGACCAACCUGACACUGGCUACGACGACCAAAGGCAACGCCACGGCAGUCGUCGGCGACUUCUGGGUGUUGGAAGAGACCAGCCUCCCCGUAUCGAUGGGGUUUGCACCAUGGCGGCCAGAGGAUGCCACGGAUGCUCAAGGGUCGCUAACGCUUUCUCAGGCUGCACUCUCCCUCAUCCAAAACAUCUCUGCAAUCGAGGCCUCCCAGAACAUGUCAGCCCAGUCGAACCUCAACAGCAUGUACUACAGUGGGAAGGCUCUCAGCAAGUUCGCACAGCUCGUUUACACAAUGCAUGAUCUCCUCGAUCAGCAAGAGUUGGCCAAAGCCGCCUUGCUAGAGCUGGAAAGCUGCUUCGAAGUCUUCUCGACUAAUCGCCAGCAAUUCCCUCUGCUCUACGACACGGACUGGAAAGGGCUGGUGUCUUCUGCCAGCUAUGUGACGGGAGACCCUGGAGUCGACUUUGGCAACUCGUAUUAUAACGAUCACCACUUCCACUAUGGGUACUUCCUCCAUGCUGCCGCCGUUAUUGGAUAUCUCGAUCCAACCUGGCUUGUUGCCAACAAAGACUAUGUCAAUGCGCUGGUCCGUGAUGUGUCAAACCCAAGCUCUCUGGACCAGUGGUUCCCCGUCUUCAGAUCUUUUGACUGGUAUCAUGGACAUUCCUGGGCUAAAGGACUGUUCGAGUCUGGCGAUGGAAAAGACGAGGAAUCGUCUUCCGAGGACGCCAUGUUUGCAUACGGACUGAAGAUGUGGGGCAAGACCGUUGGUGACGCCUCUAUGGAAGCUCGAGGCAAUCUGAUGCUCUCGGUACUUUCACGCAGCCUCCAGAACUACUUCCUGAUUACAUCGGACAACACCAACCAGCCUGCCGAUUUCAUUGGCAACAAGGUCACCGGGAUCCUUUUCGAAAACAAAGCCGACCACGUGACCUAUUUUGGCGCUGAUCUGAGCUAUGUCCAGGGAAUCCACAUGAUCCCGAUCAUGCCAUUCUCGACACUGACCCGAACGCAGCAAUUUGUGCACGAGGAAUGGCUGACAUACUUUGCCGACGGUGCCGUCCGACAAGCCAUUGAUAUUGACGGUGGCUGGAAAGGUAUUGUAUACGCGAAUCUUGCGAACAUUAACCCGUCAGCAGCAUACAACUUCUUUACUCAGCCGAACUUUGACUGGGGCUGGAUCGACGGCGGAGCAUCUCUAACGUGGUACAUCGCAUACAGUGCUCUGCUUGGAGGAGCGACGACAUAA